GAGCAUGAAAAUGCUUUGCCAUUAUAUCCUUCAAACAAAAUGCUGCGUGAACUAAUGACAGAUUAAUGUAAAAGAAGCCAAUUUAAUGAAUUGCUGCACUUACGCCCACUCGCAAUAAUUGCUGCUAUGCUAGGAUAUAAAGCCCCGCCAACCGUCUAGACUCAUAAAGCACUGACUUAGAUCUCCUUGUUAUUCUUCAAUUAUGAUGGCUGCCUUCACUACCUCGUUCUCUCUUUCUCUGCUGGUCUUCGUUAUUUUCGUUUUAGCUUCUUGGGGAGCGGUCUCUUCAACUCAGUCUUGCAGCGACUUAGCUUAUGAUGAUAGCUGUGGUGAUGAUGGCCCUAAAGCAUCUCAGUUGCUAAGAUAUGAUAAAGUUCAGUGUCACUCUGGAGGAGAGGCUGUAUCAGUGGCAUGGUCUACUAAUACUAGUGGCGACAGUGCGGCAGAGGAUUCGAGUAUAACACUUGAAUAUACAUGCUAUGUGAAUGAAAGCAAAGUUUCUGAUUUCAUUCAAUACUUUAGCAAAGAUUUGAAUCACUCGUCUCUGAUAACUAAAAGUGAAGUCUUCCCCUUUGCAGACUAUUGCGUGUUUAGUGGGUGCAUCUCUUACGACGACUGCUGGUAUAAUAUGAGCACAUUUGUUAAUAGAACAUGCAGAAAUGAUUUGCAAACUAGUAGUGAAGUUAUUAGCAGCAGCAGUGAAGUUCUAAUUCAAUCAAGUAGUAAUGUAGCUCAACAGUCAAUUCUUCCAAUAAUUGUUACUUCAACCGUCACUGAGUGUAAGUUGAUUGAUUGCAUAAGCAUUGCACUACACCUGCACCUUAUAGCUUCUAUGUUGACAUCCAGUUUUGCAAGGGAAUCUCACACCACAAUAAAAUCAGAAUCUAUUAGCAAUCCAUUAGGAACAAGUAGCUCUUAUUAUGCAACAUCCUUGAAAGCUUCUCCUUCUUCACUUCCUCCACCAUUUUUGCCAACGUCUCCUUUUCCAGAGACUAUUGAUCCAGUAAUUGCAACUACCUUAACAGCAGGCCUAGCUUUUCUGAUACUGCUAGUAUUUGUUAUAAUAAUGCUGAUAUUACUUAGUGUUGGUUAUUGGAGAAGAUACAAUAAAAGGAGAGAUGAGGAAGAGCCUUACUACAUUCCAAGCUUAGAUUUGAAGUCAGAUUACACGUUUAUUGAGCUCGGAGCCUCAACACUGUCUAUUGUUACAGUCAUCCAAGAUUUGCAACCACCACCUCCAGCAGCAAGAGAGAAAGUUCCUCUGCUUAAUAUUGUACCCGCUCAAAAGAACAUUAGUAAUGUAACAAAUAACAAAUUAUUGCCGGAGAGUCAAACUGAUGACAAACAGAAAUUGGAGGCAACAUUUAUUCGAGAUAGAGAGCAAAGUUGCAAGUCACUCAGUACUUCUGAGGAGGAUUGUUCAAUUUCCAUCAGUUCUACUGACAAUAUAAAUAAAAUGAAACUAUUGUCAUUAGCUUCGAGUACUGAUUCCGGUUUUACUAAUGGUACAGCAAGUACUGAUGAUGAAAAAUAGAUUAGCUCAUAACAAAAUAUAGUCUAUCAUAGCAUGCUGUUUGUUCUUGUAAUCAAAUUUUGUAUCACUUUAUUACAUUAUUUUUAUCAAAUUAUUUUCAUUAUACAAAA